CCUUCAAUCCAACGGUUUGCAUUUUCUCUUGACAUUAAGACGUUUGGUAAUUGCGCUUCCAUACAUCUCCAGUUCUCAAUAUAUCUGAGAUCUGUGCUUGAACUUCAGCUUUCCUUCAGACACCGUGACUUUCUUCAUUCAACUCUUCAUAUCACGAUGGAUUGGCAAGGGCAAAAAUUAGCGGAGCACUUGAUGCAGAUAAUGCUGUUGGCAUCUGCGGUUGUGGCAUUUGUUACUGGUUACGCAAUGAGUUCAUUUCAGAUGAUGAUGUUGAUAUAUGCUGGUGGUGUGGUUCUCACCACAUUAAUCACUGUCCCUAACUGGCCUUUCUUCAAUCGCCACCCACUCAACUGGUUGGAUCCAAGUGAGGCUGAAAAGCAUCCCAAACCGCAGGUGGCUGUUAGUUCAAAGAAAAAGCCUGCUAAGAAGUAGGUUAAUUUUGGCAUUUGAUAGGGUUUCUAUGACUUUGGCUGUCAUCUUCUUAUGAAAGGUUUAUAAAAAACGCCCUUGCUUUCUUGUCAAAAACUUUGAAACUCUCUUGACUAUCACUAGAAAUUGGCCUUGAUUUAGUAUAAUGACUGUGUUGCCUGCAUGCUGUUA